AUGACCCGAAUCACUCAAUCGCGCGAGGGUCAAUCCCCUCUUCUCAUUCACGAAUGGAGGGCAGUCCAGGCAUUGGGUGGCGGUUUGCAGAGACUCUACUCACUAGUUCAGAGGGAGCGCAGCUCUAAUGCAGCAACGCGUGCCUGGAUCAGUAUCUGUACAGACGAACAACUCAAAGAGCAAUGGGACCGCUUACAUGCCUCAGACAAACAGCCAACUUCCCUCCCCUUAUACGGCGUCCCCUUUGCCGCAAAAGACAACAUAGAUGCGGCAGGCUUCGCAACCACGGCGGCUUGCCCAGCAUUUGGCACCACCCCUGCCACUGAAGACGCUUCUGUCGUUGCCAGGCUGAAGGCAGCUGGUGCCAUCCUCAUUGGCAAGACCAACCUCGAUCAGUUCGCUACAGGUCUCGUCGGAACUCGGUCACCGUUCGGAGCGGUUCCCAACAGUUUCGACCCUACGAGGGUAAGCGGCGGAUCCAGUUCGGGCAGUGCCGUUGUGGUCGCUCGGGGAGCUGUCCCAUUCUCUCUUGGAACCGACACGGCGGGAUCCGGUCGUGUUCCCGCCGGCUUGAAUAACAUCAUCGGCUUGAAACCUACACGCGGUGUUCUGAGCGCAAGAGGAGUGGUGCCGGCUUGUCGGACACUAGACUGCGUGUCCAUCUUCGCGCUCACUGCAGAUGACGCCGAGACGGUGUUGUCUGUCGCAGAGGGUUACGAUGCGCAGGACUCUUACUCGAGGAUCCGGCCGUUGCACACCACGCAUACUUCAGACUCUGGAUUCGGACACAAGGCGAAUGAAAGGCUGCAGCCCGUUCUGGCUAUUUGUGCUAAUCCACCUUGGUUCGACCACGAUGACCAUUCUCCUUCGUAUGAAGCUACCCUCGACAGGGCUAGAUCACUUGGAUGGGUACUACAACCUGUCGACUUCACAUUGCUUUUCGAGCUCGCGUCACUGCUUUACUUCGGCCCAUGGGUCGCGGAGCGUUACCAAGCCAUUCGAACCUUUAUCCAAAACAUAGAACCAGAUCAGAUGGAUCCCGUGGUGCACAAGAUCAUCAAGCAAGCGGAGAGCUUUUCUGCCACGGACGCUUUCGAGGGCGAAUACAAGAGGCAAGACUUGACGCGCCAGAUCGAGCUGGCAUUUGCCGCAUACGAUGGCCUCCUUGUGCCCACAUCACCCACAUUCCCAACCCUCGAACAGGUCGCGCUCAGCCCUGUAGAGGAGAAUUCGCGACUGGGCACUUAUACAAACUUUGUCAACUUUCUAGAUUGGUCCGCCUUGUCGGUACCUGCGGGAUUUCGACACGAUGGGCUGCCGUUUGGGAUCACAUUAAUCGCAAACAACUGGCAGGAGCCGCACCUGUUGAGAUGGGCCCGGGCAUGGUUAGCUGGCCAGACAAGGACACUUGGAGCUGUGUCUGCGCGCUGUCUCGAGCCGGCACUUUCAAAACCUCAAGAAGCACACGCUUCGGAGAAGAUGUCCGAGAACAGCAUCAGCGUCGCCGUAGUUGGUGCUCAUCUCUCGGGUAUGCCUCUGAACAAAGAUCUUGUCUCGCGUGGUGCUGUUCUCAGUCGUAAGACGAGGACGUCGAAUCGUUAUCGUUUAUUCGCGCUUCAGAGUGAAAGCGACCCGUCUCGGCCAGGUCUACAGCGCCUGCAGGAUGCACAAGUCGGGGCAGAGUUUGUUGUCGAGGUAUGGGAAUUACCCGAGACAGCUUACGCCAGCUUUGCCAACACCAUUCCUUCACCACUUUCCAUAGGGAAAAUAGAGCUUAGAGGUCACUCUUGUGUCUCUGGCUUUGUUUGUGAGCCGUACGGCCUUGAUGGAGCGGUCGACAUCACGCAUUUUUCGGGUUGGCGGUCCUACAUCAGUCACCUGAAUCAGCCAGAGCCAGCCUCACUUGGCUCAGUGUCCACGGUCUUGAUAGCCAAUCGCGGAGAAAUUGCCGUACGGAUCAUAAAGACGCUGCAUCGGCUGGGCCUCAAGGCAGUGGCCAUUUACUCGAGCGUCGACGCCAACUCCCCUCACGUUCACCUUGCGGAUCUAUCCUACGAGCUCAAGGUCUGCAGAGUAGACGCGAUCAUCCCAGGCUAUGGGUUUCUGGCUGAGAAUGCUGAUUUCGCCACGGCCGUUGAGGAAGCCAGUAUCACCUGGGUUGGCCCUACUCCAGCGCAGAUGGUCGACCUUGGCCUAAAGCAUCGCGCACGCGCCCUUGCCAUCGAAUCCGGUGUUCCUGUGGUUCCUGGUUCCGAGGGCACGUUAACAUCACUGGACGAUGCACUGGCCGAGGCGCAAAACGUGGGCUACCCGCUGAUGCUCAAAAGCACGGCUGGUGGCGGUGGUAUUGGUUUGAGGCGCUGCGCAAACGAAGCUGAGUUGAGGGACGCCUUUGAAGGAGUCCAGCGCCAGGCAGUGGCUAAUUUCGGCGAUGGGGCCGUCUUCAUAGAGCGCUUCGUUGAACUGGCGCGUCAUAUUGAGAUCCAAAUCAUCGGAGACGGCAGAGGAGCUGUCGUCACAGCUGGUGAAAGAGACUGCACCCCUCAACGACGACACCAGAAAAUUUUCGAGGAAAGCCCCGCGAACAUGGUGCCGGAAGGACAGCGUGCGGCCAUGAGGGCUGCCGCUGUGCGGCUGGCUGCCCACGUGAGGUACCGCAAUGUUGGCACGAUUGAGUUCAUCUACGACGUGAACAAAGACGAGUUCUACUUUCUCGAAGUCAACGCUCGCUUGCAGGUUGAGCAUCCAGUAACCGAGCUGGUGACGGGCUUAGAUCUCGUGGAAUGCAUGCUGCAAGUUGCUGCCGGUCAAGAAGUUGAACUCUUCAGCAGUCCAGUCAACCACCUCCCAACAACAGGGGCGUCCAUUGAAGUGCGAUUGUACGCUGAGAGCCCUCUAGAGCAGUUCCGUCCAUGUGCUGGGACGGUGAGCAAACUGAAUUGGCCCGAAUCCCUACGCGUGGAUACCUGGAUUGAUGAGGGCACUCACAUCACGACGCUCUACGAUAGUAUGAUUGCCAAGCUCAUUGCCGUGGGAUCGGACCGUCGCGAGGCUCUAGAGCGACUUGCAGAUGGCUUGAAUAACACGGUUGUUGAGGGCGUCCAGACAAAUCUCGACUAUCUGCGGCAAAUUGUGGCAUCGGAAUUAUUCUCUUCGGGAAACUUUCAUACCAAGUCGGUGGACUCAUUUCAGUUCAUCUCUUCCACUUUUGAGGUGAUUGAGUGCGAUGGAAGUGUGUCCGUACAAGACUAUCCUGGCAGAUCUGGUUACUGGAGCGUUGGAAUCCCACCCAGCGGCCCAGCUGAUAGUCUUUCUUUUCGCCUCGCCAACCGACUUGUGGGCAACGACGACGAUGCUGCAGGGCUUGAGUGUACGCUACACGGACCUCGUCUGAGAUUCCAUCGUGAUGCAGUGAUCGCCGUCACCGGCGCCCGCCCCUCUAGCACGACUUUGCGCAUUCAAGCCGGACAAACAGUGCACGUGGGUGCUAUCACAGCCGGCUACCAUGUCUACAUUGCCAUUGGUGGUGGUAUCCAAGUUCCGUCCGUUAUGGGUAGCAGAUCAACCUUUGAACUGGCCAAAAUGGGAGGCUAUAAGGGUCGUUCGCUUCGUCCACGAGACAUUGUGCCCAUAGGUACUUCCCAAACCAAGACAAUCAGAUUACUGUCCUGUCCUGUAAUAUCAAUGCCAAAGCAGGUUGGCGGUAAGAGCUGGAGGAUUCGUGUGCUCCCUGGACCACACGGAGCGCCCGACUACUUCACCCAUAAUGGCCUCGUAAGUCUAUUCUCCAGUAUAUGGAAGGCGCGCGAUUCGGGAGGCGAGGCAGGGCUUCAUCCGUCCAAUAUCCACGACAGCCCCUAUUCUAUUGGAAGUGUGAGCUUCACGGGUGACGAAGCUGUGAUUCUCGGAUGUGAUGGGCCGAGCCUUGGAGGCUUUGUCGUUUUUAGCGUUAUCAUCUCGGCGGAUCAGUGGAAGAUGGGGCAGCUGCGGCCAGGAGAUUCCGUAUCGUUUGAGCCCAUCUCUUCUCAAGCAGCACUAAAGCUGGACAGCGAAUUUCAGCGUGCAAUAUCGCAGAUCAGGCUGCCAUACGAUCUCGGGAUUGAAGAAACAGUUGGCACCCCCAAUCUCGACGGCCUGGAAGUCGUUCUCGGAAAGACUACGCACAAUGGCCACGACUAUGUUUGCCGCCAGGCUGGAGAUAAUGCACUGCUCAUAGAGAUCGAUGGCGCCUCUGACUUUGAUCUUGCGAGAAGUUUUGAGAUCUUUGCAUUCUGCGAGCGGCACCGUGAACAGCCUGUUCCUGGCGUCCAAGAACUCACUCCGGGCGUGGGUACUAUUCACGUCAUUUAUGAUCAUGGGCUACCGGCUGCUACGUUGAUCGACCGGCUCUUUGCUCACCUAGCGACAUGUCAAUUAAGACGCAGCAUCCCCUCAAGAACAGUCCGACUACCUCUCGCCUUUGAUGAUACUGUCUGCCGGGCUGCUGUAGAGCGCUAUGCUUCUACAAUCCGUGGCGAAGCUCCUUGGCUCCCAAGCAACAUUGAGUUUUUGCAGGAGCUGAAUGGCAUUGAGGAUAUAUCGGUGCUCUUGCACAGCGCAACUUUCCUCGUGGUGGGCCUCGGUGAUGUCUUCCUUGGCUCUCCUUGCGCAGUGCCACUCGAUCCCCGUCACAGAUUGUUUGGAACCAAGUAUAAUCCCUCACGCUCUUUCACGCCGCGUGGAGCGGUAGGCAUCGGUGGGCAAUACCUCUGUAUUUAUGCGACUGACUCGCCAGGCGGAUACCAGCUCGUUGGAAGGACAAAGGAUAUAUGGGCAUCACCGGAGACUCUACCAUCAACUGUUAAUCAGCCACCCUGGCUAUUCCGCCAAUUCGAUCGCAUAACCUUCUACCCGGUGACAGAAGAUGAGCUGGACAGCCAACCAGCGGAUAAGUUGAUCCAAAUUGUCGAGGGCGAACUGGAACUUGCAUGGUACGAAUCUCUAUUAGCUGGCAAUAAGGAGCUCAUUGCGCAACACCGAGCACAGCAAAGAGCAUCGAUGCUCAAUGUGCCCUUCCUCGAAGAUUUGUCAAAGCCGUACAUUCCCAAAUCCCGCACAGUGAAAGGAUCUUCCAGGGGGGAAGACGGGAGUGCCUAUGGCACACAGGUACCAUCAGCGAUACCGGGACGCUGCUUUGAAGUGCAUGUGCAGCCUGGACAGAAGAUUACCAAGGGUCACCCACUGGUAAGCAUUGAGUCGUGCAAGAUGGAGGUUGUCGUCAGGAGCCCCCUUGAUGGAGCGUGCAGUGCUGUGCUGGUUGAAGCCGGAGAUAAUGUCGACGCUGGAGAUGUAUUAGUGGUUAUAGAUUAA